CCCCCAGGGGCCCCAACGAAUUCCAUUCUCUCGUCGUCGUCCCUUCCUUCCCCUCCCCCUACCUCCACGGCUCCACCCUCUCCACCGCAGCGCGAGCUCACCGAUCGGGGCCGGUCCCCUUCGCCGCACCGUACGCGGCCGGACGGCCGGAGAUCCGGUACCUGCGCCCCUUCUCCCUCACCCCUAUCUCAAGCGACGUGUGCGGCCUUCGUGACGCUGACCUCUUGGAUCCGGCGGAGGUAGGGGAACCCGUGAGCGAUCGGGAGCGAUGCGGCAGCAGCGGGGCGGGGUCGGGGGCGGACUCGGGGGCGGGAGGACGGGGGACGACCCGGGGCUCCUGACGAGGGCUGUGGACAAGGUGUUCCGCUUCGUCCGCCUCGCCGAGUUCGAGAUCCUCUUCGUCCUCUUCUUCCUCGUCGCCUUCCUCCUCUUCAAGGACCUCAUGUCGCGACCUGAAUACAAUCAGAUAUUUGUCAAGAAGCCUGAUCUGGAUGACCCCUGGCCUUAGAGGGUACAGAACGUAUAAUGUUCAUAGUUGUAGCUUGGUCUUUUUGCAAGUGUAUUCUUCUUUGAAGCCCGGUGUGACUGGUCCCUUUUUUGUCAGGAACCUUUUUUUGACUAUGACUAAAUAGACUAUUCUCUUCAGUGACGAUGAAUAUAUUUUGCAAGCUAUUUUCUUUACAUCAAGACCAAAUUUUCAUGUAAAUAUUGCUGUGCAGCCAUACUCAGGUUGUUGGUAGCAUUUACACUCUGUUUAUGUUGUGUGA